AUGGCCUCAAGCAACAACACAAUGAAAGCAGUCGUGAUCCACACCCAAGGCGGCCCUGAAGUCCUCAAAGUCGAGACCCGGCCCAUCCCCACCGCCAGCCCAGGCCAAGUCCUCAUCCGCGUCAAAGCAUUCGGACUCAAUCGCUCGGAAAUGUUUACGCGACAGGGCCAUUCACCGGGCGUCGAGUUCCCGCGUGUACUUGGUAUUGAGGCUACCGGGAUCGUGGAACAUGCUCCCGGCGGGGAAUUUGAGAAAGGUCAGAUCGUAAUGACGGCCAUGGGUGGUAUGGGUCGUCAGUUCGAUGGUGGAUAUGCUCAGUAUACCGUCGUACCUACAAAUCAAGUCCAGGCCAUCACAGUACCGACGAAGCUCGGCUGGGACGUGUUGGGCGCUAUGCCUGAGAUGCUAAAUACAGCCUAUGGCGCAAUCAUAAAAUCUUUAGAAGUGAAGAAAGGUGAUCGCUUGCUCAUCAGAGGUGGAACGACUUCUGUAGGUCUCGCCGCGUUGGCGAUUGCCAAGGGACUCGGUGCGCAUGUCGCAUCUACCAGUCGACGACCGGAACGAGAGCAGAUGCUUCGCGACUACGGCGCGGAUGAAUUCUUCGUCGACGACGGCGCUAUAGCAGCGCAAAUCAAAGACGAUAGCCAAAAAUUCAACAAAGUGUUGGAAUUAGUCGGCGUUGUGACUCUAAAGGACUCCUUUCAGUGUACAUCCAAAGGAGGCAUAGUGAGCAUGACCGGGAUCGUGGGGAAUAAGUGGUCUAUUGAGAAUUUCCAGGCGAUGGAAUAUAUCCCCAAGUAUCGUUAUCUGACUACCUUUGGCGGCUGGAUUGAGGAGUUCAUGUCCACGCCGCUCAAUGAUAUUGUGCAACAGGUGGAGGCUGGGACGUUUAAGAUCAAAGUGGGCAGGGUGUUUCAUAUUGAUCAGAUUGCGGAGGCACAUCGGUGCAUGGAUGAUAAUGCCGCGGAGGGAAAAAUAGUCGUUCUUACUGAUUGA